AUGUAUCUACGUGCGGCGCAUGCGGAGGCCAAUGUCGCCCUACUGCAGGAGUUCGUCAAACAGAACCCCUUGGGCAUCCUGACCACUGCCAUCAAAUCGGCAAUUCACCCAUUCAUCCAAUCCAGUCAUAUUCCGUUUAUUCUUGAUGUCGCAGAGUCAGGGGAUACAAAUGCAAACGAUACGGAAGAUGGCCACAAGACAUAUGGAAUUCUACGGGGUCAUAUGGCCAAGCAAAACCCACAAGCAAAGGUUUUGAUGGAGGCGCUCUUGGCGACCCAGAAUGAGCUUGGAGAUGACACGAUAAGAGAACUCCCUGAGGAAGUUCUGGUACUAUUCAACGGACCCCAUCAUCAUUACGUGACUCCCAAGUUCUAUGUCGAGACAAAACCGACUACGGGUAAGGUUGUCCCAACGUGGAAUUAUUCCGCCGUCCAAGCCUAUGGGAAUAUAAAGGUUUACUGCGAUACGAAAUCAGAGGAGACUUCAUCAUUUUUGCAACGACAAGUUGAAGCCUUGAGUCGACAAGCAGAAACGUCCAUUAUGGGAUAUUCAGGAGGGGACAUGCCUACGGCCUGGGAGGUGUCUGAUGCUCCAACUUCCUAUGUGGAUCUUCUCAAGAAGAAUAUUAUUGGAAUUGAAAUACAACUUCGCCGGUUGGAAGGGAAAUUUAAGAUGAGUCAAGAAAUGGGAAAAGGGGAUAGAGAGGGUGUUAUUCAAGGGUUCAAUAAUCUGGACAGUGAUGUUGGGAGAAACAUUGCAAAGACAGUGAAGGAGCGGGGGGAUAUGAAAGACGGACAGAAAUAA